AUGGGCCAUCUUUCAGCGGCCACGCGAAGCCUCUUGCUGCUGUCCACGGCAGAUGUAGCGCUUGCGUCUAGCCACUCGUCCGCCUCACCACGCAGACAGGCUGCCGAGGGCCCACCGUGGACAUAUGCAAACCAGGGACACUGGACCAAGAUCAGUUCGCGGUGUGGCAACUUCGGGGACCAGUCGCCCAUAGACAUCGCGGAAGCACGAGCAGUGCCAGAACGCGCACUUCGUCUUCAGACGAGUGGACAUGCAUCCACCUUGGGGAGCAUAGUUUGGAACUAUUCCUGGCCCUUGGUAAACGUUCUGCUCGGCACAACUCCGCGGGGGUGGCAGGUUCUACUCCAGUCACCCUUCGACACGACCACGCUCCUGACAUUCAUCAAUGGGAAGCAAUUCUAUUUGCGCCGAAUUGAGUUCACGUCCCCUUCAGAGAACAGUCUCGAUGGGCAAAGUUUCGACAUGGAGAUGCAGCUCGUGCAUAAUGCAGCUGCAGACGGCCAGCUCCUCGUCACGUCUGUUUUCCUGAAGGUGGGGCUCGUGGAGGGCAAUGAGUACCUGAACACGUUUUGGCCGCAGUUUCCGCCUACUGCAAGCGAAGAUGGGGUUCCGGCUCAGAUCGCUAACCCCUUCUACGCUUUGCCAGGAGACAGGUCGCUCUUCGCCUUUAAUGGAAGCUCCACAGUCCCGCCCUGUGGGACAGACACUAUCUGGAUGGUCUUCAAGGAGCCACUGAUGAUCAGUCGAGCGCAGCGAGACCUCUACAGGGCCGCGCUGAACUUGAGCGCCCCUUCGGGAUUCUUGCGCUUUGGAUCUGCACCAGCAGGUGUUGUGCAGCCGUGGAAUGCUGACUUGGGCAUGAACAAUCGGCUUCCGCAACCUCAGGGAUCGCGGCAGAUUGCUUUCUUUCCAAUGUCGAAUCCACCAAGCCAGAUGUCGUUCGACUUGACCAGCGGUCAUUUCUGGGGCUUCUUCGGAAUCGGCUUGCUGCUCUUGUCAGUUUUCAUCGGCUUGAUGGCCUUGAUUUGUUUGCUGUGCUCGGGUGGCGUGCGCACUAAAGGUCGUGCUCGCAGCAAGGAGGUCUAUACCCGCAGCGAAGAGACAGAUGAGGACCGACAGCCGUUGUACAGGCCGGCCGAACAGCCGAUGCAGACGCAGAUGCAGCGCAUGCCGAUGCCAACACAGCCGCAGUGGCCGGCAAGUGCAGGCAGAGGCAUGGCGACGCGACCCCAGAUGCCUCAGAUGUCCGGUGCAAGAGCGCCAAUGAUGACGCAGCCAAUGAAUUUCGCCGGCGCGCCCCAAACGCGCUUUGCCAUGCGCCGCUAA